AAUGAGGGAGCUAUCAGGCUGACUGCAGGUUUCCUGAAGGCACUCGCGUCAGCAGCCUGUUUUUAAAACUUUUGUAGCAGUACUUGAAGUGAGCCGUGCCGAGCCGUGCUGCUGUUUCUUGAAGUAAAGAUGAUAACUUUAGUGAUCACCAGUGUUCUAGCAGGACUCCUGGCUCUGCUCCUCUACCAGAGGAUGACCCAUCCCUACUUCUGGGUGGAUUUGAUUCAUUACAUGAAGCUUCAGAGGUACAAAAAGACGCUGCAGGCUCGUAUGCAGCAGGGGAUCAUCACAUACCUCGACUGUUUUCUCUACCAGGCGAGGAAGAACCCGAACAAAGCCUUCAUCAUUUUCGAAAACCAGACCCUGACGUACCGGGACGUGGACCGGAGGAGUAACCAGUUCGCCAACGCGUUCAGGACGGAGGGCUCUCUGAAACAAGGAGACAUUGUUGCUCUGUUGAUGUUCAACGAGCCGGACUUUAUUUGUGCGUGGCUGGGACUCUGCAAACUGGGCUGUGAAGUCGCUUUUCUCAACGUCAACAUUAAAGCUAAGAUCCUGCUGCACUGCUUCCAGAGCUGCGGGGCGAAGACGCUGGUUGUCAGCGCAGAUCUGGUGGGCUUGGUGUCGGAGGUCCUGCCUGACCUGAAGAAGGACAACAUGAGCCUGUGGGUGGUGGAUCACACAUCACCGUGUGAUGACUUCAAGAGUUUAUUAGACAAAGUGGAAAACAUGUCUGCAGAAACGUUAAGUGACCUUCCUAAAGUCGACGUCAUGUCCAACUUUCUCUUCAUCUUCACUUCAGGAACCACAGGUCUCUCUAAGGCGGCCCGCGUGGGUCAUCUGAAAGCCAUCAUGAGUAUGGCCUUCUUAAACAUGUGCGGGGCCACUUCUGAUGACAUCAUCUACGUCACUCUUCCUCUCUACCACAUGUCUGCGUCUCUGUUGGCCCUCGGAGGAUGCAUACACCUGGGAGCAACAUGUGUGUUGAAGAAGAAGUUUUCUGCGAGUCAGUUCUGGAAGGAUUGUGUGAAACACCGAGUGACCGUGGUGCAGUACAUCGGAGAGCUGCUCAGAUACCUCGUCAACCAUCCCGCUGUUCCAGAGGAGAGAUCUCACCGUGUGCGGCUGGCGACGGGGAGCGGCCUCAGGUCGGAUGUUUGGAAGCAGUUUGUGAAACGUUUCGGUAAAAUCAAGAUCAGAGAAGGUUACGGCCUGACGGAGGCCAGCAUCGGGUUCCUCAACUACACCGACGAGGCGGGAGCUAUCGGGCGGGCGAGCUACUUCAACAAGCUCUCGAUGCCCUUUGAGCUCCUGAAAUAUGAUCCUCAAACAUACGAGGCGGUCCGAUCAGAUUCUGGACGAUGCGUCCAAGCACAAACGGGAGAGCCGGGGAUCCUGGUGGCUCCUCUGACCGUCAUGAAUCAGUUCCUCGGCUACGCAGGGAAUAAAAUCCAGUCGGAGAAGAAGCUGCUCAGAGACGUUUUUAAAGCCGGAGACGUUUAUUUCAACACCGGAGACCUGCUGUUCACCGACCACAGAGAGUUCCUGUACUUCAGCGACCGCGUCGGAGACACGUUCAGGUGGAAAGGAGAAAACGUUUCCACCACUGAGGUAUCCGAGGUUUUAGGAGUUCUUGAUUUCAUCCAGGAGGCAAACGUCUACGGAGUCUCAGUCACAGGAUAUGAAGGUCGAGCAGGAAUGGCCGCCAUCGUCCUCAAACCGGAUCAGAAACUAGACGGAACAAAACUUUGUAACCAUUUAGUUCAAACUCUCCCUGCGUAUGCCUGGCCGUGGUUCCUCAGAGUCCAGAGCGCUCUGGACGUGACGGAGACGUUCAAGCAGCAGAAGGUGAAGCUGGUCCAGGAGGGUUUUAACCCGGACGUCACUGAGGAUCCUCUGUACUUCUUAGACGUCUCCCAGAAGGAUUAUAUUCUCCUGAGCGAGUCGCUGUACGAGGACGUUGUCUCAGGAAACAUCAGGUUAUAAAUAUGUAAACGCAGGAAUCCUGACGGUCGUCGUCAGAACGCAGAACGAUAAGCUAAAGAGAGAGGGAACGUUUCAGAGACGGGUCUCUAACCUUUAUUUACCCGUUCUCACAGUUUGCAUCUGUUCAGGUUUUUAACACAUUUAUACGAGUUUAAAGUUUUUAUAGAAAUGAGAUUUCUCCUUUUUAAGAUAUAAACUGAGACUUGGACUAGGACAUCCAAUUAGCUCGUGUUGACCAUCGCCAUCUUGAUUUUGUUUUGGAGCAGAGAUUCAGCAUACUACACCUCUUACCUGUUUGACUGGUUGCCGUGGUAGCAACUUGUCAAUUGUACCUUAAAGCAAACCAGGAUAUACC